CAUUGUGAGUGCGUCUGUGCGUGCGUUUGUACCCGCCUACUGCUCUGCGUUAUGGCUUUGCGUGAGGGCUUUCGACGUCUACUCUAGCUCCGGGAUCAUGUCAGCUAAUCUGUAACGCGGAAACCCGGAAAAACAUCGUCCUCGUCGCUUCUAAAAGCAGUCGGAGGACACAGCUCCGAAAAACCUCGAUGCAUCCGUGAUCCGGAGCGUAGAGCGGCAGUCAGUGGUAAAAUGGCGGAUCAGCAACGCGGGAUUUCACGGAUAAAUCCCCCUCGUGAUGUACACGGUCGUUCGACGACGAGAGAACAGCUGAGGCUCACUUUCGGAAACGGUUCCAAGAAACAUCUAGGGAAUGCCAGCAAGCUCCCGUCCAGUAUACCUGGUUUCAACUACCCCGUGCGAACUGAACGGGUAUGGUUGCCACCAAAAAUUCACUCAUCAGGAAAGCUCAAGAUAUCACCUGAAGAGGAGUAUGAUUUCACCGCCGAGGAUCUGAUGGACCUUGGUGAGAUUGGCAGAGGUGCAUUCGGCACGGUCAACAAGAUGGUCCACCAGAAAAGCAACCUGGAAAUGGCUGUCAAGCGUAUCCGUUCCACGGUUGAUGAGAAGGAGCAGAAGCAGUUGCUGAUGGAUCUCGAGGUUGUGAUGAAGAGCAACGACUGCCCCUACAUUGUCCAGUUCUAUGGGGCCAUCUUCAAGGAGGGUGACUGCUGGAUCUGCAUGGAGAUAAUGGACACGUCACUGGAUAAAUUCUACAAGUUUGUCUACGAAAAGCAGCACCAGCGCAUACCCGAAGCUAUCCUGGGAAAGAUCACGGUUGCUACUGUAAAAGCCCUGAAUUACCUCAAGGAUAAGUUGAACAUCAUCCACAGAGAUGUGAAGCCCAGUAACAUUUUGCUGGACCGACGAGGCAACAUCAAGCUCUGUGACUUCGGCAUCAGCGGCCAGUUGGUGGAUUCCAUCGCCAAAACGCGAGAUGCUGGCUGCCGGCCGUACAUGGCGCCUGAGCGUAUAGAUCCUUCCAGUGCCAUUGGCUACGACGUCCGGUCUGAUGUAUGGAGCCUAGGAAUAACCUUGAUUGAGGUGGCCACGGGGCGGUUCCCGUACCCAAAGUGGAACAGCGUCUUCGAGCAGCUGACCCAAGUUGUGCAGGGGGACCCGCCGCAGCUUAGCCCUAACGAGAACGGAAACUGCUUCACCGCCGAGUUCGUCGACUUUGUCAACACCUGUCUCACCAAGACCGCCCACACGCGCCCCAAGUACAAGCAGCUUCUGGAUCACGACUUCAUCAGGCGUGCCGAGCGGGACACUGUGGACGUUGCAUUCUACAUCAGCAACAUUUUCAGCAAAAUGAAUGGCAUGUCUCCCUGAUGAGAGAGAGUCAUCCCUGAGGGCUUCCCAAACACUUUUCAUCAACUGCUCACGCGGUUCUUUUCCCGCCCGCACGCAGUCGUCGCUGCACGUCACCGACCGAGCAGGGUUGCCGAAGGGCCGGCUCUUUUUUUCUUCAGUAUGAUAGCAUAAGCCUGUUGUGAUGACGUCGAUAUACAUGUCGGCAUGACUCUGAUGUUGCCAGUCAUGAAACCUCUCUCUCGUUUGAGCACACUGAUUGGGGCCUAGCUAAUUUAAAGGAGUGGGUGAUAGGUGGAUUAGGAGACAGUACAAACACUAACUCACAAUCGGUUGAGAGCUGUUGUCGGAACAAAGCUAGAAACUCUCUCGGCCUGUAGGCACCAGCGAAGGUGACCAACCAGGUAGCGUUGCAUGAAGAAAAAUGCAGUGGAUCCCACGAGUUGGAUUCUUUAUACAGUGGCGCUUUGCGAGAGUGUAUAAAAAGUCAAAACAAGAGUUUGUGUUUAUUGAAUGUCUGCACACAGUGACAUGGCAUUGAAGAAAGGCUAAUGCAAUGCCGCGGAAGCCAAGCUUUCUGUUUGUUUUUCCUCCUUUCCCCUGCAAGGCCAUGCAAAUGCAAAUGCAAAUGUGUGUGUCAUCUAGCAGUAUGCAAGGAACCCAGCAGCGCACGUGUCCUCCACUAUGAUUGGUUGGCCUAUUCGGCUAGAGAACAGGCCACACUGCAGCAAGCACAGUCAUGAAAACACGGCGAGAUUCGCAAAGAAAAGCUUCACUUUUAGAAGAUUAAAGGUCGGAGACACGUUGCAUCUAAUGGCCUCGAAGGCAGCUUCUUUUCAUUGUCAACGCAAGUGCGGUGUGGGACACUUGUCUUUUUACCACGUGAUGGCACUAGCAUGCUGUAUGCCCUAAGUUGCUUGGAGCAUUCAUGACAUGUACAAGAUAUAAGAAGGGUGUCGUGGAAGCAAGCUGCCAUCUGGCACCAUUGACUAUAACUGUGCUUGGUUGACAUAGAAACUGCAUGUCCCUAGGAAUGUUUUUGAUGCUAUCAGGCCACACCACAGAGCAGAGUUCCUGCUCCCAAAUGUUUCUUACACUCUCUGGUUGGAAGUUAUUUCCUGCCCUACCCCUUUUGUUGUCUUUCUGUGCUGCCCUUCAGAAUGUUCUCUUGUCAGUCACUGAUUUCAUUGCGGAUCUCAACAGGUUGUGCCGAUUGAGAGUUGCAGGCUAUGUAUACACAGCCACCUGUGGUUCAUAUUUUAACAACCUUGAAAGAAUAUUCAGCACUUCACAUUGUUUUUGUUUUGUUUUUUUAACUCAUCUUUUGCAUCAAGAUUGCGUUCUGUCAGGAUUUUCAUUGUCGUCAGGCACCAAACCAAGAUCAUUGACCUGCAGCAUGCUUGAUUCUCUGGUAGCAAGAGUAGCAAACGACGGCGGUUUUUCUUCUUUCCUGGUGAAUCUGGCAAGCAAAAAUUUCAAGUGCUUUAUUGAACUGUAUGAUCGAAAAAAAAUCAAUCUCGCUGCAGAAUUUAAGUGACAACCAAACAGUGAGUAUGAAAUUUUAAAUUGAUACGGUCAAAAUAAAAAUGCAGCUCACUAUAUAGCAUAACAUAAGCCUCUCAAGCAAGAUUGAAACAAGCACAAUGUGACUGUGAACAAAAGGACAUUCUGGUGUUUAAAGAGCUUGGCAAAGCAUUGAAACAUAGUAUUUCAAAUAUGCAAACAUGAGUUCAGUGAUUGGUGCACAAAGCAGUCUGUCGCUGUGGAAGAGGGACAACAAAGCUUCAUGACUGGCAAAAUCUGGAGCUAUGAGAUCUUGCAAAAAAUCCAGAGUGUAGGUGCCGCAACUCUUCUCAGCAAAGUUCCUCGACACUACUACAGGCUACCAAGACAGCAGCCAAGAGCAUUUGAAUGCAGCUGCUUGCACUACCAUCCAUGCAACAUGCUGAUGUCUGUGCAUUGAAUGGCAUGCCAGAUGAUGAAACGAGUUUUCAAGUCAUUCUAUUGUCGGAACACGCGGUUUUAGAAUAAGUUGUUGAUGAGGGUUCAAACUCAAGUCUUUCAUUUCUAGAUUUCUCUGUUUUUCUUAUGGACUGCUUAUUUUUAUAACAUUUUUUAAGCUAGUGGAUGUUCCAGCUAUAUUAUUUUUGUGGUUGUCUCUUGUGGUGAAUGCAGCGCAAGCUGCAAGCGCUUUCUUUUUUUACACAAGUUAACUAAACUGUGUGCCUAAUAGAGGCACUGACCAGUUUUGAUGAUUUUUGGCAUACUUUGUUGGAUCGACACUGGAUGUUUAAUCUGUUAUGCUAACAUUGUGAAGCAGAAAGGAAGUGGUAAGCAGCUUUGCUCAGAUUUAUUUUAAUGCUGUUCGACUGAGCCAGUGAAUGAGUAGCUGGUCCUCUGAUUCCAAGCAUGCUAGUAUUUGCCAACUGGUCUGUGUCUACAAAAUGAAAAGCGCAGCCAUUAUGUACAUAUUGUACAUAGACAUGCUCUUAAUAGCUUUCCAGACUUUUCACAUCCUGCAAGAUUUUACAGAACUAAUAACCCUUCCUUCUCCUGUUUCGAUCCCAGUCUCAAUUUUAUGGAUUAGGCUUAGGAGAAACUCGUGCCCUAGUUCUUGAGGCAGUCUUAGCACUUUGACCUUGAAUUUGGAGGACAGUGUAACCGUUGCUAAAUGUUCACAGGCACACACUAAUGUUAGCUGUUUAAAGACGCAGUCACUCCUGUCUUCUCUUUUAAUUGCAAGUCUGCAUUCUCAUUGACCGUGAGAUUUCAUCUGAACGAAAGGCAAUUUUAAAAUUCGAUUUCUGAAAAAAAAGGACACUCAAUUUUCAUCUGUUGGUGCAUGUAUGUAGUCACCUUUGAAAGAUGCCAGGAAUUUGAAAUGCUUUGUUCUAAAGAUGGGUCAUGGAUUUUGUGGCCACCUUGCAGGUUUUUAAAAUUUUGGUGUGCAAGCCAGAAAAAAAUCUUUAAAGUCACUAUAAUUUGUCAUGUGUUGUUGAAAGUAGCCUUUUCAAGAGCUUCAUACAUACUCAAUUUUUUGCAAUGUGUAGGGUUGCUGCAAUUGUUCCAACAAAAAAAGAGAAUGGCAGGCUCCGGAUGAUAAUGCCAGGAAAAUGCAUGUCGAUCAGAAAUUUGUACAAGAGAAUGGCAGGCUCCGGAUGAUAAUGCCAGGAAAAUGCAUGUCGAUCAGAAAUUUGUACCAGCAAUAUCUGCAACAAACUGGCUGUACCGUUUGGGAGCCAACAUAUUUUGCAUAAUAGCCUCCUCUCCUGGCAUUUACAGCGCUUGUGGUGUUGAACUCUUGAAAAGGGAGUGAUAGCAAUUUCAGUUGCAGCUGCAUAAUGGACUGUAUGUUACUCAAGAGGCUUGCCAUGUGCCCACAUUACCACGUCGCACUGUAAACGACACUCGUGGUCAUCUCCAAGCUGUGCUUGCGUACGUGACUCGGAGGUGCACACAUACCAUCGUGGUUUGACCUACGGAUGUCAUAUUCGUUCUAGGCAGAGUCGUCUGAAACACUUUAUUCUGCACCAUUUCUUAUUAGCAUGUAGCUCUCACAACAACCACAUGCAAAGUACGCCUGCAGAACUCGUGUUUACUGGGAACGGUGUUUGUGUCGUCCUUAGACAAGACCACCACCGCCAGCUCCCUUUUCCAAGCUCAUAUGGUGAUGUUUUGUUUUACUGCAAACAUGUUUUAUCAAAGAAACGCAAAAAUAAAGGAAAGAUCUAGUCUGA